GUCGCACGUAAACAAAAGAUGAAGUGAGGAAGACUACUAGCUCUUAUUUGUGUGUAGAUUAAAUAAUGUUUAUUGUUUGUUUAUGUUUCUAACUAAAUUAAGAAACAACAAAGUUCUGGAGUUCAAAUAAAAUUGGUUCGGGGCUUGUUUUCCCGCUAAAGCUCAGCAGUGCGAAUUGGACUGAACAAGAGUAUGAUGGAAGAUUUUUCUGGCUUGGCUCUUCCUCCUCUUUUUGGUGGACACAUUUUGGAGGCAGAGCUGGAGGCUGGUGGUGUUGAGCUAGGACCUGGAGAGGUGGAGCUGGGUCCAGGAGGUAACGAGCUGCUAGAGAACACAGCGGAAGACGACGAAGAGAGAAGAGCUCUAGACAAAAGAAAAUAUCUGGCUCUGAGCAGGAGAUGUAAAGAAAUCGAACAGGUAAACCAGAAAAUCCUGGCUCGCCUUCACCAAGUGCAAAGAAUUACACGACGUUUGAAGAAAGAAAGGAGGUUUUUGAUGAAAACUUUAGAUGCUCAUGGAGAUGAUUACAGAAACUCUCAGCUCACGGUACUGCUCGAGGAUGAGGCUGGAGUCCACUUAGAUCCUUCUGCAGGGGUUGAGGAUGAAAGACUCAACGGUGUGUCCGGCUCGUCUGCAGCAGGCCCGAAGAAGAAGAGGCACAGGAUUCCUCGGCAAGAAAAGGACAGAGACCAGCAGAUUGAACCUGAAGUUUCUGUGUUACCAGAGACACCGUUUGGAGAAAUGCCGAGUCCAACAUCUCUGUCUCACUGAUCUGAUCCUUGGAAAAGGAGAGGAUGAAUACUAUUAAUGUACUUUAAUUAUGUGCAUUUAAUUUGUAUAUUGUGUAGUUUUAGUUAUUAAAGCUCAUGGCUGUGUAGAUAUUACACUAGGAGAGAAAACUAAAUGGAAAAAAAAUAUUGUCAAGUCAUCAAAAAUACGAAGAAAUCUCAGGGAGAAGGCAGAGGCGUUAUUUUAAACGAUAUAUGAUGUUUUCAGUUUAUUAGUAUUUUGUAUUUUAAAUUCUGAAACAACUGCAAAAUAAACCUUAAACAAGUAA